AUGGCAGGCGAAGAAGCAGACAUUGCCACGGUCCAGCCUGACCACAGCAAGGACUGUGACGAUGCUGAAAAGCAGCACAACGUUACCUCCACCCCUUCAUCGGCGUCGUUUGUUGAAGAGGGUCCCUCGUCAAACCAACCACCAUUAGCUCGCCAUGACACCAAGGCCUCCAACGCCUUGCAGAGGACACCUACAGUUGUCCCACGGAAACAGCGCCGCGGCCUCUUUGCCAACCUCUGCCUAAUUCCGGAAGUGUCCAACCCGUACGAGUACAGUCGGAAAACCAAAUGGACACUCACAUUCAUCGUGGCUCUUUCCGGCGCCGCAGCACCCACCGGCUCGGGCAUCAUCUUCCCUGCUCUCGAAGACAUUGCACGAUCGCUUGACUCGACGACGACCAUCGCCAACAUGAGCGUGUCCUUCUACAUGCUUGCCAUGUCCAUCUUCCCACUGUGGUGGAGUUCUUUCUCCGAGACGCUGGGCCGGCGCACCAUCUAUUUGACGUCGUUCGCGCUCUUCAUUCUCUGGGCCGUGCUCUGCGCCAUCUCAGACAACAUCUCCAUGCUGAUAGUCAUGCGUGUGCUCAGCGGCGGAGCCUCUGCGAGCGUGCAGGCUGUCGGAGGCGGCACCAUUGCUGACAUAUGGGAGACCCGUGAACGCGGCUUCGCCAUGGGCAUCUUCUAUCUCGGUCCUCUCUGUGGACCCUUGCUGGCUCCUAUAGUCGGUGGAGCAUUGGCUGAAGGCCUGGGGUGGCGCAGCACACAGUGGUUCCUUGUGAUUUACGGCGGUGUUGUCUGGCUCAGCGUUGCGUUCAUGUUACCUGAGACCCUGCGGCGGAACAAGCCUGUCGUUGUGGCGCCAGAGAACGGAAAUAGCCAAAACAACGAGGAGUCCAGCGAAGCCGCAGACCCCCUGGCCGAUGCGAACACGCCAGAGCAAGUUGAGGCUGCGGCCGGCGGUUUGGAAAAGCCCACGAGUACACCAGCUGCGGCCGCGCGUCCGUCUCUCCACCGCGUCUCCACCCGGCAGAGCGUCCAGAAAAACACGAAAAAGUACCUCGUGUACGUGCGGCGGUGUUUCAUCGACCCAUUGCGCAUCAUCCUGUACCUGCGGUUCCCUGCCAUAUUCCUCGUCGUGUCAUACGCCACGGUAACCUUCGCCUCGCUGUACAUCCUAAACAUCAGCAUCGAGACGACGUUCUCGGCGGUGCCGUACUCGUUCAGCACGAUCAUCGUCGGGCUCCUCUACAUCCCCAACAGCCUAGGCUACAUCAUGGCGUCGCUGCUGGGGGGCCGUUGGAUCGACGGCAUCAUGCACCGCGAGGCGCGCAAGCGCGGCCAGUACGACGCCAGCAACAAGCUGGUGCUGCGGCCCGAAGACCGCAUGCGUGAGAACGCGUGGGCGGGCGCGCUCCUCUUCCCCGGCGCGCUGCUGUGGUACGGCUGGACGGCCGAGAAGGGCGUCUUCUGGCUGGUGCCGAUGAUUGCGAACUUUUUUUUCGGGAUUGGCAGCAUGCUGAUCUUCGCCAUGGCGACGACGAUGCUGACCGAGUUUAUGCCCCGCAAGGCGAGUAAUGGCAUUGCGUUGAACAACUUUGCGAGGAAUAUCUUCAGUUGUAUUGGCAGCGUUGUCACGGAUCCGGCUAUUAGGGCUAUUGGUAAUGGUUGGCUGUUUACGGCUGUUGCGUUGGUGUGUUUUGCGUGGGGGCCGGUGUGCAUUCUGCUGAUGCUGAGGUAUAGUGAGCAGUGGAGGAAGAGCAUGGAGAGGCAUCCGAUUUUCUUGUCGUAG